AUGGUAAAGAAAAAAUGUUUGGAAGCAAAGGAAGCAUGGCUAGACAGAUGUGUAGAAAUUGAGACAUAUAGAACAAGUAAUCCAAAGGAAAUGUUUAGGAAUAUAAAUGAUAUCACUAAGAAAAAGUCCAAGGAUUUUGCAAUCAGAAGUUCAAGCAGCAGUAAAAAAAUGAAAAAUAACAAACCAGUAGGUACAGAUGAGUUAGCUGUAGAAUUAAUCAAAUGCAUAGGUGAUUUUGGAAUUGAUAAACUAACGAAAAUGCUUAACAAUAUUUAUGAAUCUGGAAAUAUCCCUGCAGAACUAAGUAAAUCCAUCUUUAUUGCAUUACUGAAAAAGCCUGCUGCGGCAGAAUAUUAUAGCAAGGCUUUCGAUAAUGUCAAACACGAAAAACUCUUAGAAAUGCUGGAGGAUAUCCAGAUAGAUGGUAAAGAUCUAAGAAUCAUAAGGAACCUGUAUUGGAAGCAAACAGCACCUAUAAGAAUUGGUGGCCAGGUGGGCAAAUUUGUAGAAAUAAAGAAAGGAGUAAGACAAGGAUGCGUGAUGUCACCUGACUUAUUCAACCUCUAUAGCGAAAGAGUAUUAAGAGUUAGAAGAUAUGCCAGGGAUGGUUAUGGUAGGUGUGACAGGGAGAUCAAACGAAGAAUUGCAAUGUCAAGAGAGACCUUUUCUAAAAUAAAGAAAAUUUUAUGCAAUCCAAAGAUCACCGUAGUAACAAGACUAAGGGUAUUGGAGUGUUACGUGUUGCCGGUCCUAAAAUAUGGAAGUGAGACAUGGACUGUGUCUAAAGAAAUGGAAAAGACAAUUACUGCAGCCGAGAUUGACAGUGAGCAGAAUUGCUACAUGCUUUUUUUAGUGAAUCGCCUAGCAUUUUGCCUGAGUUUGGUUCUGUUUUUGGCCUGUGUUGUGAUGGCUGCUUCAAGCUUAGGGACUGAUAAGCAAUCUUCCAAAUUGUCACUCAGUAACUCCAAAUAUCUGCCUGCAUUCAUCAAAACAUUCCUUGGUAGUAUUACCUAUGUCCCCACACCGUGGUAA